CGGGGCUUCCUUACCAACAUGGCCUGUUUGGGGAGAGAUGUGACUGCUUCACUGGCCCCAUCCACUGGAAAGCAGGGCUUCCUCAGUUUGGGUGUCUGGGAAGGGAGGCAGCAGGCAACUGGCAGAGGAAGGAGGAGAUUCCACCUCCAGAGCAGGAAGUGCUUGUGGAGGACAGUGCCCGGCUGCCAGGGAUUCUGGAGAGGGUUCGUAGUGCAGGGGCUUGCUUCCUGGGCCCUCCAGCAGCUCUUGUGAAGUUUAUAGCCUCCUGCCAGGCAGCUGGGGUUUGGGGUUUCCAGUAGUCACAGGAUAGAGGAUACAGAGCAGAGAUUCCUGGCUGGGGCUCCCUUCCUGAAAGGGGUGACCUGUCCCUCCACACUUCCUGGUGGAUUCUACCAGGCUCUAGAGCCAAAGUCAGGCACUUGGUCCCUGAGCCCGAGGCUGGACCUCUGUCCCACACUGUGCUCGGAGGCAGCUUUGGUGAGCACUGUGGCUGGAAAGAGGCAUGUCCCCAAUGUCACCACAUGGUUGCAUGGGCCAGCCCUCCUGUGUGGGCCCAGGAGUCAGCUUGGGGCUCAGGCACCCUAGCCAGGCCUAGCUGCCUGCACCCCACCACCAUGAGAUGGCAGUACUGGGAGGUGUCCCAUACUCCAUGUCACCACAUCACCAGUGGUUUGGCCCUGAGGAAAGUCAAGAGGGACAGCAAGCUUUGGGGGCCUGGAUACUGGGCUAGAAGGAACAGGCUGGCCUUGGUCCCAAGCUGGGCAGGCCACAGCCUAUCCUGUACAGUGUGUCCCUUCUGCUUGCUGCCUGGUCCAGGUGCCCUGUCCCCAUCAGGGUGGGUUCCAUGGAGUGCAUCAGGCUCCUCCACUCCCAAGCUCCACAGGAUGGAGGGAUGGAAGCCAAUGUGUGGCCCUGGGGUGUCGGGCUGGGCCUUCUGAGCAGGGUCUUGGUCCUUACUGAGGAAGGGUCCUCCUGGGGGUGGGGGGUCUGCAGUCUCUAGAGGUUUGUGCCUUUGCUGUCCUGGCUUCCCCAUGGGAGUGGGGAACAGGGCAGGAACCUUAGGGUUCAUAGCUGGAGGUGUAGGGUGUCAAGGUCCCUCUGCACAGGCAGACAGGAGACAUCCUGCAGGGACCUCCAAGAACAGAGGCACCUCCCUGUGCACCCCUUUUGGGGAUAUAGGAUCCCUUUGGGUCCUCCUCUCCCUGGAGGUCCAGGAGCCCAGCUGUGCCACUGGGUUGAGGGUUUGCUGCUGUGAGCAAGGCCUGGCCGGACCCUGGCUGAGUGCUCAGGGUAGUCCCCACCGUGGGAGGGGCGCAUUCUCCUGCCUUAUUUCUGCGAGUCCUGGGAGGACCUAGGCAGCACAGCAGGUAGUGUGGUGGUGGCCAGCCACCUGGGCCUUUUUUUUACCAGGCCCACCAGCCUCUCUGAUCCAUGCAGCUCUCCUACCCUGGUCCCUCAGCACCUGGAGGUCAGGACAGACCCGGGGUGUGGGCGGAGCUGCCCUCAAGGGUCCAGUGGAGGAAGGGGCUUCCUGAAGGUCAACAGCCGGGGCCCUGGGGGAAAGAGGGGGCCACACUGUGUGUCAGAGAUGGAUCAUCCUAGAUGAGCUUGGACUGGAAGCCUGGCGAGGGGGCGAUGCUGGGACGGUGGCUAGAGAUGACCUCUCCAUCUCCUCCUGUGUCUCUGCAGAGUGCAUGCACUGGUGCAGUGGACCCAGAAUAGUAAUGCUUUAGCAGGAUUAUUCUCUUGCAUUGAGGAUUAGGACAGUAGCCAGCCCAGGGGUCCUGCUGGUAGGCUUCCUGGACUGAGCCACUGGUGUACACAGGCGGAGCAAGCCCUUCCUCCUGGGCCAGCCAGCAGAGGCAUGCUGGGGGUUCCCAGGCAGAGCCCUGUAAGGGCAGGCUGUGCAGGGAGCCUAGGCUUGCCUCAUUCCCCAAGGGGUCUCCCUGUGCAACCCCAUUUGCUCCUGGCCUCCUGGCCUGUCACACUCAGUAGCUGGGCGGGCAGGCUCAGCAGGCAGGGCUGGAUGCCCUUGGGAGCAAGGAACAGGCAGGGAUUACCACCCCUGCCAGUCUGUCCGGAGCUGCUGCAAGCUGAGCAGGAAGCUGCAACCCAUCCAGGAGGGAUGUCUGGACCGCGGCCCGUGGUCCUGAGUGGGCCAUCAGGAGCUGGGAAAAGUACUCUGCUGAAGAGGCUCCUGCAGGAGCACAGUGGCAUCUUUGGCUUCAGCGUGUCCCACACCACGAGGGACCCUCGGCCUGGAGAGGAGAACGGCAAAGAUUACUACUUUGUGACCAGGGAGGUGAUGCAGCAGGACAUCACUGCGGGGGACUUCAUUGAGCAUGCCGAGUUCUCGGGGAACCUGUAUGGGACCAGGAGCAGCGGCUGCGGUUGCGGAACACAGAGACGGAGGAGAGUUUGUCCAAGCGGCUCAUUGCCGCUCGGGCUGACAUGGAGAGCAGCAAGGAGCCCGGCCUUUUUGACCUGGUCAUCGUCAAUGACAACCUGGACAAAGCCUACCACGUCCUGGAGGAGGCGCUCUUGGAGGAAAUCAAGAAGGCUCAGGGAAGCUGCCACUCCUGAGGAGGCCCCAGCUGAGUCCUUGCAGGCAGGACCACCCUGUCCCCCUGCCCCAUGGCCCCUCCUGUGGGAUCUGGGCCAAUGUCCUAAUAAAGAGCUGCUGGGUUACAGCUUACGCAAGCCUGUGGAGUUCUGCCUGGAUCUGUGCACUUCUCCCCUGCUCUUGGCAGCCCCACCCCUAACCAGCCAGCCCCAGGAGGGCUGCAGGGAGCAGUUUCUGGGAGACCAGCUAUGGCCACCAGGUGGGCCCCUUGGCUCUUGAGGGUUGGGUGCAGAG